AUGUUAAAAUUAGAUCAAUAAGAAUUAAUUAUUCAGAGAAUUAAAUCAAAAAAGCCAAUAUUCAAGACAGUAAGCGAAAUAGAGUAUUUAAUCCAUUUAUUUGCAUAGACAAUUUCCCAAGUUAAUUAAGAGCAGAGAGGCAAUUCAAAAAUCAAUUUUAUCGUAAAUUCAAAGAUCAGUUUCAAAUAUAGAUGUGGAUCCUUUAACAUACGGAUAAAAAGAAUUAAAAGAUGUGAUAAAUUAAUUGGAAGAAUAGUUGAAGACAGUUUUCCUGCCUACAUUGCUUUUAGACGAGAAAAAAAAAUUAAAAUCAUUGGUAAAAUAAGAAUCUAAACAGCUUGAUUAUGAAGAAAGCAAUCAUCCGAAAAAAUAAAGAGUCGAUAAAAACAAAUGUAGGAAAUGCAAGCAAUCUACUAUCCCUAUGAUAUUAAAUCUACUGUAACAAACAGAAAACUAGGACACAAAUCCUCAUGUCACUAUGAAAUCUAUCAGAUAGCAAAUAGUUCAAAAAUCAUAGAAAAAAGAAGAAUAAUCGGAAUCUAAAGUUCCAUAUAUUGCAUUCGAUUAUUCCGAUCGAAUUAUUAUUUGUAAAAGGUGCAGAUUUAAAUUUCAUGCCGAAUGUGUCUAAGUGCUUGAUAAUACCAAUGAUUGGAUUUGUGAUUACUGCUUAGACAGAAUAUAAGAAUUAAAAAGCUCUAAUUAAUGGGAUUACAUAAACAAUAAAUAGUUGAAAUAGCAAGUAUGUCCAGAUUCUGAAUAAAAAAAGACUCAUUUAUCAUUAAUAGAAAGAAUUUAAAAAAAAUAGAAAGUAUUUAUAAUUGAAGAAAUGGAAAUAACAUCAUUCAAACCAAUUGACUAAGUCUCCAUUUUCUUAAAGAAAUAUCCACAUUAUAGAGGAUAGAACGGAAAAAUAAAAUAUCCUGUUUUAGAAAAGUUGGCUCUAGAUUACCCAGAAGUUCUGGAAAUUAAAUAGAAACCACAACCACAUAUGAUAAAUUCUAAUUUAGUUGAGGAUAUCCUUAAAAUAUAAACGAGUUACUAGAUUAUGUUUCCUAAUUGUUCGAUUCCACAGAAUGUUAAUUAAGAUUACAUAGAGAAAAACUUUUAUGAAAUUCUUAUGAAUUUGCUUAAUGAAUAUUUUGAAGAAUUUAUAUUAUCAGAUACGUCUAAAUUUGAAGAGUACUGCCAUUAGGCUAACUUUUAAGCAACAGCAUUUUUAGAAAUAAUGAAAUAUUUGUAUGCGCAUUAAGAAAAGUAAAUGAAAGACUUGAUAAAAAAGACAUGGAUAGAAUGUGUUAUAGAAAUAGAUCAAAUUAUAAAUUACGAUUGUGAGUCUAAUAUCACUAAAAUCAACUUUACCAGUUUAGAAAUUUCAGAUUAAAUAUACAUAUUAAGUUUAUUAACAGAUGGCUUAUAUGAUUUAGAUUAGAUGAGGGAAUAAAUUAAUUAAAAGGAUUCCAAGAGUUAUAGACAAUGUAACAUCUCAAUUUAUAUUAGCUCAUUUAAAAAUAUUAUUUUAACAAAAUUAAUCUGCAUUUAUCAAUUGUGGAACAUAUAUUGGACAAGAUGCUGGUGAAUAAUAAUAUUUUUAUUUUACUCAUGUUCCUGGCUCUGUCUUUGUUGAAACAAUGACAGGCUGGGGUCAAUAUACUCUCCUUGAUUUAUCUGAUUUAAUGUAUGCACUUAAUUUAUAUGGAGUUAAUGAAUCAAACUUAUUUUACAACCUAGAAAUAAUAUGUGAAAUCAUGCUCUUUGAUAACACAACUCCAAUCAAACCAUAGAAUCGAUUAAUUUAAAGUAUUUGUAAACCAAUAAAUAGAAUAGUAAUAUAAUUUAGAAAAUAUAGAAGUUAUUGAAUAGUUUUUGCUUACUGAAGAAACGUAUACAAAAUACUUAUAAUCUAAAGAUUUGAUAUGGAUAGAAAAUAAUUAGAAACAAGACUUUUACCAGUUAUUAAAGAAUGAAAAAGAACUAUAAUCUAUAAUCUAAGCACUAAAAAUGUUUUAUAAUGGCUUAUUACAAUUAAAAUCGAAUGAUGGUUAUCAUAUCAAACCAUUCAAGUUAUUUAAAUCAAAUUUUUAGCUUGCAAACUAGUUGGCUAUAUUUGUGGACAAUGCAUCAAAUUACCACAGCAUUUAUAUAUCUUUAAUUACUUUAAAUUUAUUAUUAGAGGAGUAUCAGCAAUAUCAAUCUUAAAAAGAAUUAAAAAAUAAAAGAAACCAAGUUUAACGGAAGCUUCCUUAAAAAGUUAAUUCAAAAGAAACUAAACACAUAAAAAAAAAGCCAAAAUUAAAAUCUAUUGAAGAUGAAUCUAUUGAAUAAGAGCUAAGUCCUUACUGUCAUAGCAACUUAGCUAACAAAAGAGAAAAAAGGGAAAAUGCAGGAAAAAAGUAUUAAAUUUUUAUAUUGUAAGUCCGAAUAUCAACUUUGAUUAGUAAAUGAAGAAUCAAAAGAAGCUAUUUUGUACAUCUUGCAAGAAAUAGUUUUCAUAAGCCUCUCAUUGCGUUUAAUGUUCAAGAUGCAACAAACCAUUUCAUUAGGAAUGUUUAGUAGUACGAAAAGAAUAUUGCAAAAAUUGUGUCAGAAAUGGAAGCAAAAAAGAAAAAUGA